AAAAUUUACGUGUGCAAAAGGGUUGGUAUAGGUUUAGUUCCAACAAUAUUUGCGUAAUUCUUCAACAAAAGAUAUAUAUGUCGGAAACAUUAACGAACAGUUAGACUUAAAGAAAAGUGAAUCGUCUCGUUUAAAUUGUACGAAGGUCAAAAAUUUUUAUGUUGUUAUUUAUCGCAAUUUUCAUAGGAUAAACUGACAAAAAAAAACGGUAUCUUAUAAUAAAAAAAGGCAAGUCUUAGAUUCAGUGCAUGUUUUUUCCCACAAAAAUAUGUCUGCUAUAUAACGUUAUGAAAGCAUGUGCGUCACAGAAUAGUUUUUUUUUUUGUUGUUUAACUUGCACCUAUCAUUCCAAGCUGUUUACUUCUUCGAAUUAGGGAUUCCAAUUAACACAGUGAAACUGGAAAGUUAGUGGCAUGAGUUAGAUAUAAGUGAGGUAGGUAUCGGUGUUCAAAAUGCCUGAAUAAUGUUUUCAUUCAACUGAAAGAUAUACCUUGCAUGGAGAUUUAUUGCAUAAACAUAGAUGUGGAUCAUAGACAACCUGGUGACUGAUAAGAGAUAUGUAUCCCCAAGCUAUGAAACUAGUGUUGUUACUCCUUCAACAUCUACAUCAGACAUGACUUACACAGAAUAUUCGGUGGGUCAAUCUGAAUAUCCUGGAGUCAUUCCUAUUAAUCAACUAGCUGCCAUAAAACCAGACCAACUGAAACUAGCACAGGCCACAUGUGCUUUGCCUGCUACAAAUAACUGGCAAGGACAGUAUGGUUUUUCGUUAUCAUUUGGAGUCCAAGAGAAGCCAACCAAAACUACAGCUUGGACAUACUCUGAAAUGAAGGACAAGCUGUUUGUAAAUAUGGGUGCUGCCUGUCCUGUGAGAUUUCACACAAAGCACCUCCCACCCCCAGGCACCAUUCUCCGUGCUAUGGCUGUGUUCACCAAACCAGAAUAUGUUACAGAAGUGGUUAAACGAUGUCUGACUCAUUCCAGUAGAAAUGAAGCAUCCAAUGAAAAUCACCCAGCUCCUGAGCAUUUAAUCCGAUGUGAAAGCUCUCAGGCUUACUAUCUUGUUGAUCCUACAACAGGAAGACAUUCAGUGGUUGUGCCUUAUGAAAAUCCACAAGUGGGAAUGUCCUUUAUUGUGUACCUCUUCAGAUUCAUGUGUUUAGGAAGCUGUGUAGGAGGUCUAAAUCGUCGUCCAAUACAAAUUGUAUUUACUCUAGAAAAUGAUCGUGGUUUGUGUCUUGGACGUCGAGCACUAGAAAUAAGAAUUUGUGCUUGUCCUGGGCGGGAUCGCAGAAAUGAAGAAAAUCUUUUGGAAAAACAGCAUGAACCACAGCAAGGAACAGUGGAUAGUGUCAAACGUACAGUUGUCAGGUUAUCUCAAGAACUUUGGAACAAUACUCCACUUCCAAAAAAAGUAAAAACAAGCAGCGAUGAUGAUAAAAUCUUUACUUUGGAGGUCAGAGGACGCAAAAACUAUGAAUACCUAUGUAUAAUGAGAGAUGCACUAGAGAAACAAAGAUACCUGACAAGUGAGCAACUCAGAGCCUACCAGCAUGACAAGGAGCUGCACUUCAGUAAACCCAAAAAGAAAGGAAAUAAGAAUUCUUCUGGAGAAGAAAGUGACUAAAGACUGAAAAGUUGGACAGACCUAGAUGCUUAAGGGAAAGAAUAAAGAGAAAAUCUAACUGCCUUUAAAGAGAGUUGGCUACCUGAUUACAAGAAGUAGCAAAUCGGGUAGUCUCGUCACAUCUGUACCAGUCGUUACUGAGAAACCAUUGUUUUUACGCGAAGCAUUGUUUGAGGUUUUUGGUAAUUAAGUUGAUAAAGAGAGAAAAAAAAAUAACACUCAUAGUUAAAAACCUAUGUGGAUUGUCUGGUUCAAGUUACAAAAACCAGUGUAACUGUGAGGUCUUGACAAACUCUUCAAAUGGGGAAUUGAAGUUUACUAUUAGUUUUUAAGAACAUUUAAAGAAACGAGAGAAAUUUUACAUUUCUACUGCCGUAUGGUUAGAUAAUAAUGUAAUAUCACCUUGUAGCUUGUGUUCUGAAGUUAUUAAGAAUUACUAUGUUAUCAGAGCAAUGGAAAUGUGACAUCUUCUUUUACACAAUGUUGUUUUGAUACAAGUUACCUAGAGCCAGUAAUUAACAUUUAUUGUGACACAAAAUAAUACAAGCUCUGAUAAUAAUAUGUUAGGAGAUGAUCAUAAACCAUAAUUACUUUCAUAUUGCUCUAAUUUAGAUGUUCUAACUUUCCAUUGAAUAUUAUACUAUAUUUCAAGGCAGAACUAUUAUUUAUAUUAUACCAAAAGGAUUUUUGGAGUGGGGAUUAAAAUAUGCAUUUAAAACUACAUUUUUUUUCUAUGGAUUUUACGUUAUUCUACAUGAAUGUUCAGAAUCAAGGAAUUUUCAAACUUGGACAAACUUCAUCUGGCUUAACAUAGGUUUAGGUAUUAGUAACUAGUCAGGGAGACUGUCUUUCAAAAUUGCAACUUAUAAUAAACCAAGGUUGUCAUUCAUUUUUUUCAAAAUAAAAUUGAUUACUCUUCCUUUUUCUUAGCACCUUUUCCUCCUUUUUUAUUUUUAUUCUUUUUGGAAAUCCAUCAAAAGAAGCCUUAAGUUAUAUAGUUUCCCAGAUCCAUCACAGCAUAGCUCUCACAACAAUCAUUAGUUGAUAAAUAUAACACAUAACAUCUGUUACAGUAACAUAUAAUUAUCAAGGUACAUAUACAAACGCACACUACUUAAAACAGCUCAUAAUCAACCUUGUUCAGUCAUAAUGCAUCCCAUGCAACAACAUUUAUUGUUUAGCUUAAUGCUGAAAGCUGGUGAAACAACACGACCAACACUCACAUUAAAAAUCAUGCAAGACUGCAGAUCUAUCGUGUUUUUUUUUCUAUAUUCUUCAAGUUUAGUCUAUUAUGGAUUUAAAGUCAGAAGUGUGGUAAAAAUAAUUAUAGUAUAAGCAGCUGUCGAAAUUCAAUGCAAUAUUGCCUUUAUAAUAACCUUUUCAAAACAGAAUACAGUUCAACAGAUGUUAUUAGUUCCCAUAACAACAAAAACAUGAUUAACCAAACAUUCCCCAAGUGGUACAGCAGACUUAUAAUGCUAGAAACCAGGUUUCGAUACCCAUGGUGGGCAGAGCACAGAUAGUCCAUUGUGUGUAGCUUUGUGCUUAACUUCAAAUAACCAAACAUUAAAUGACUUGUACAGCAAUCUGCAGCUGAUUAAAUGCAACACAUGACAGUUUACAUCAUGAUAUAUAACGGAACAGACCCAAGUUAAUGUUAUCAGUUGUAAUUAUAUAUAUAUUCUGUAAUUAUCAGUGUUCUACCAUCUUGAGUUCAUAGUUGUUCGAAUUUCCUGUUUAGAUUAUUCAAAAUUCGUACUAGUUUGUAGUGAGAACAUUGUGAAAUAUAAUUUUUGAAGUUUAACUAUUAUUAUUAUGCUAACAGACUGCAAGUGUGUGUGAUAAUUAAAGGUUAAGAAAAAUCAUUCACACACAUUGUAAUAUUUUUAAGUUACACUUUAUGUAGUUAGGCUAGAUUCCUGUGUUAAAACUGAUUUUCUGCUGUUUUUUCUGGAACUAUACAAAAUGUUCGUAUGAAAAAAUCCUCCUACAUGUAGUUACUAAAGCAUUGAUUAUCUAGCAGUUAGAGUUUUGUUCUUAAUAAGUGGGUCAUUAAGAAAGAUAUCUUAUCAUGACCAAAUAAAUAACUUAAUGUUACCAAUUAAAUGAACCAUAAUGUCUCAUGCAGUACACUAUAUAUAUAUUGAAAAUUAGUUUUUAAGUUUCUGAAAGAUUGCUGUGCUUGCAUUUUAAAGAGCUUAAGGAAAAUUUACCAUUGUAUGUCUUAAAGGAACAGGUUUACUCAACUUCUUUAUUGACAUUGUUAGUUAAGUAGUUUUAUUGGCAAUUUAGAUGACAAGAAAUUUUCUUUCUAUUUUUUUUAUCUCCAUUUCACACUAUUUUAAAGCAUUGCAGCUUUCAAGUUGUACUGUAGUCCACGCCUUUCAACCUUGUGAUUUUUACAAGAUUCAUGGGACAAGCUAACCCAGCAAAUCAGUUGGUAGUUUUUUUUAUAGUAUGGACUUUUUAUGUGUUUAAAUUUGAAAUAAUAAAAAAAACAGUUUUAAAACCUAUC